AGCGAAAUAAGAAUUCAUGAGAUUUCUCAACGAGAAGGAAACAAAAUGUUCUCCCUUAAUAGUUUUAGCUAAUAAGCAGGAUAUUACUAGAAUUAGUAUUGAGGGAUUAAAGCAGUUUUUUGAGCUUCCACAUAAUGAAAGAAAUUGUUACAUACAACCAUUCUCCGCUAAGACUGGAGAGGGAUUGUAUGAAGGUUUGGGCUGGUUAACUACAAUAUAUAGUACUAAAUGAUAAUAUUAGUA